AUGGCGGCUGAUCUGAAGGCGGUGCUUGCCGCACUGCUGAAAGACAUUUCAGAAAAAAGUUCCUGCGAAAACUUAGCUGAAGCGAAAGCGAUUUUAAGCGCUACGCGCGCAGAAAAUAUUUAUAAUGUAUCGAAAGACCUCGACCUGAGCCCUUUGUUCAGCUCUUCUAGCAAGUUUGACGGGAAUACUUUAGAUGAACUUAGUGAGCUGCUGGGGAAGCUCCUUGAUGCGUUUCCACCAUCUGCAUUACUUUCUGCUCACAAGCAGCACUUUGUGACUGCACUGAAUACUUCUGAUGGUGCACUCAAAGCAGUCGUCUUGCGCCAGCUGAUUCGAUGCUCAAAGGACAAUGCCAUGUUGUCUCAGCUUGCUCGUGACCACCGUAUCCUUGAAUCUGUUUUGAGGCUACUCGGUGGUGAGGACCUUUGGUCAUCGAAGCAGAGUGCUAUUCUACUCAAACAAAUGAUGCGGGAAAAGGAAGUACUAAGUACCAUGCUGCAUCCUCCUGUGUCACACGUCCUGGACAGCGUUAUGGAUGGUGGCGAUGUCUGUCGCUUCAGAGUGUUUGAGGUCUUCGUGGAAGUGGCGCGGGCUUCUCCUGAAAACCUUGAACGGCUUUCGGAGAACGGCUAUUUGGAGAGGCUGGUGAAGGAAAUGGACAAGAAUGAUGUCUUAGUUCAGUUGAAUGCAUUAGAAGUGCUGACUGACCUUGUGUCCUGUAACCAUGGCUUGGAUUAUCUUGAGCGAACUGGCAUCAUAUCCAAGCUUCGUCAGAAGGCUCUAAACAUUGGUUCUGAUCCCCUUGGCAACUUUCUGGGCCCAGGAGUACUCAAGUUUUUUGGCAGCAUGGGUGUGACUAGUCCACAGCGGUUGCUGCUUGAUUACCCUCAAGUUUUGGGAUUUAUCUUUGAUAGUGUUCAGAGUGAUGAUCCAGCGUUCCAAGUGGUUGCUGCUGAAACAGUAGGCAUAAUCUGCUCCACCGUACAAGGAAAACGUGUCCUUCAGUCACACGGAGAUCGGAUGAGCCGCUAUUUAAAAACAUUAAGGCAGAACCUCCACAGCGGAAAGGUUGACUUCAAAGCCCGAUACCUUGGUGCCCUGGCCAAUGUCCUGCAUGUUCAAGACAGCAGCUACGAGGAUUUGGUGAAUUUGACAGAAAGGUGGUACAGCCUCCUUGGUGAUCGACCCACAGACAUGCUCCUCCGUCUGUGUCGGCAGCCUUUUCCUGAGCUGCGUUGUGCAACCCUCUCGGUGAUCGCCGAGGUGGCACGAGUGCCCUGGGGUCAGGCUACACUAGCAGCACAGCCAGGGUUUCUUGAAUACCUUCUUGAUCGAUCUACUGAGGCUGACAAGGCAUGCAAGGAGGCCAAGUUUGCUGUCGUGGCUAUCUUAGCUCAGGUGCAACCUCGAGGCUUCUCUGCUGAGGACUGGCAACGCAUCAGGAACACCUACCAAGAGGGUCCCUUCUUCAUGGCCACUGAAGCAGCUGUAACCUUUGAGGGGCUCUCCUGAAGUGUCCAUCUAUUAAGCUAAAAGCUCAAGAUGCUGUGCGAUUUCAGUAGACCGAUUGGUGGUUUCGGCGUUCUUUCUCCAGCUCCUUCCCACAGUCAACGGAGCACACAAUGAAGAAAGUUGUCUAAAAAAAUUGUUUUAUUCUACAAUUUCAGCAAUGUAAAACAAAUAAAGGAAUCACUCUCUGUCAGAAAAAAAUAUGGCAGCACGACUUAA